CGUACGCACGGCAGAGGCGUGACGCCAGCGGCUGUUAAAAAAUGGCGACCGUUACUGAGCUGAAAGCUGUGUUAAAGGACACCUUGGAAAAAAAGGGAGUGUUAGGACAUUUAAAAGCAAGGAUCCGUGCUGAAGUUUUCAAUGCCCUGGAUGAUGAUCAUGAACCCCGACCAUCAUUGUCUCAUGAAAACCUUCUAAUUAAUGAAUUAAUUAGGGAGUAUUUGGAAUUCAACAAAUACAAGUACACAGCCUCUGUCCUAAUAGCAGAAUCUGGUCAACCCGUAGUUCCGUUGGACAGACAGUUUCUUGUCCAUGAACUGAAAACCUUUGAAGAAUCAAAGGAUAACUCAAUUCCUCUGUUAUAUGGAAUUUUAGCCCAUUUCUUGCGUGGUCCUCCCGAUGACAUGCAGAAUGUGCUUCUGACAGAGUCAACACUCCAGCCUCCGAACAGGCAUCCCAGCUGGAAGCCCAACGGAAGACCAAAGGACGACCAUCUGAGGAAGAACAUGGGGCCGAGCAUUAUGACUGAAGAGCUUCAUGCUGCUGUGCAGCCGGUCAGUAGAUGAUGCCUGCACCAGGCAGGCUCCCUGAUGUCAGCUGUGCGUGUGGACUCACUGACCUGUUGUCCCAUACCAUCCAUUACACCACCAUUUGUAAACAUUUGAGCUUCUAUAAAUGUUCAGCCCCUCAAGAUUUACUGCAUCUGUGAAAAGCUGAUCCAUAUUAUUAUAGCUUGCUAGAAGCCACUGUAGGAAAAAAAAUGUAUUGUUUUCAGGAUGUAUUUUUAAAGUUCUUAUAUUUGUGAAAACUGAAAAAUAUUUUGUACUUUUUUGCCCCCUUUUGUAAAGGCCAUCUCUAAAGGGCUGUGGAUGUGCCUCCAGUAAAGCUCUUGCUUUGCAUGUGUAAGACCCUGGGUUCAGUCCUAGCCCUGAAGAAAAGAAAACACAAGUACAGAUCUUUGUUUGUUCUGCUCAUUAAAUAAUUUCCUCCAGCUAGAAUUAUAUAGACCUGUGGGAAAACUGAUUUAUGUUUUGAAAAAAGUUUUUUUUUUUUAAAGAAAUAUCUGAAUUAAUGUCUGCCCUGGCUAAUUUUGUCUCAGCUGUCACAAGCUACAGUCAUUUGGGAAGAGGAACUCUUAACUGAGAAAGUUCCUCCAUCUGAUUGGCUUAUGGGCAAGCCUGUAGUACAUUUUCUUAUUAAUGAUUGAUAUGGGAAGGUCCAGCCCAUUAUGGAUGGUAUCACCCCUGGGCAGUUGCUCCUGGGUUCAGUAAGAAAGCAGGUUGAGCAAGCCAUGGGGAGCAAGUCAGUAUGUAACAGCCCUCUGUGGUAUUUUCCCCUGACUUCGCUCAGUGGCGGCCUGUGAUAUGGAACUGUAUGCUGAAAUAAACCCUCUCCUUCUCA